GUUGAAUGUAUGAACCAUGGAUUGUUCUGUUCCAGAUUCACUUUACCUGCAGCAAAGGGAGCAGCUCUAAUCCUUUGAGCCAACUUUGUGUUUGUGUCUUUUUGUGGACUGUUUGUGGACUGUCAGCAGACAGUGCGCCACUAAGAUGCAGCUACAACUGUGCUGACCAGCAGCAGCUCAGCAAGUCAGAACACUGGACAGCCGACAGAGGUUUCAUGGUGAGGUUUAGGUUGUGGCUGAAGCUGUUGGAGCUCUCUGACGGUGUUUGAGUUUGCAGCUGCGGCCUGGAUGUGAGACUGGCUCAGCGAGUGAGUUGGUAACCCUGCUUCAGUGAGCGAUGUAUGGACCUGCCCUCUCCCUGAGUCUGCUGCUGUGGACAGUAGGAGUGGCUGUAUUCAGGACUCAUGGUGAGGUUAUAGCCCAGUCUGCCAGCCUGACCGCAGAGGCCGGUCGCCCCCUCAUGCUUGGCUGCAACAUCACCGUGGCAACAGGAGACACCGUCCGGCAAGUCCGCUGGCUCAACAGGCACGACAAGACCCUCCUGGCCUACGAACAAAACGUGCAAGUCCUCAUCAGCAAUCAACACCCGAGUGUGCAGCUCACUGCCUCCAGCAACGAUGCCAGCUACAUCACCAUCACGAGGGUGCAGCCUGAUGACGAGGGCUGCUACCGCUGCAUCUUUGACGUUUACCCCACGGGCUCACAAGAAGGCAGGACAUGCAUCAGAGUCACUGGUAAGGUGCGGCAAGUGGGCAACAAGACAGCCAUAAGCGGACAGCCGGCCACCCUCUCCUGCUGGUACAGCCUCCCUGAGAGGGUGCAGCAGGUGCUGUGGAGGAAGACGGCUGAGCAGGGCGACACCACCACCGUGGCUUCCUACAGCAAGAAAGGCCACCACAACAUAGAGGAGCCCUUCAGGGAACGAGUUAGCCUGAGCCGGACUCUGGGUGAGACCCAGAUGACCAUCCAGUCUGUCGCGACGGAGGACGAGGCCUGCUACACCUGCGAGUUCCACACAUACCCAGACGGCAGCAGAAGUGCCACCUCCUGCCUGUCGGUCUAUGUUUUACCCAAACCAGAGGUGAGCCACGUGACCACAUCUUCAGGGAUCACCGAGGCCAACUGCACCGCCCAGUCCCGCCCUGCGGCCGAAAUCAUGUGGAACAUCGGCGGGGACAACCGAACACUCGGACCACCCAUUUCCUCCGCCUACGAUCAGGGCGACGGCACCACCAUAGUGACAAGCACGCUUCUCUUCCAAUCAGGGCUGCUCAGCGACCUGUCCGUCAAGUGCAUCGUGCACCACCAGGGUUUGGAGAAACCCAUGACGGUGUCCCUCAACAAACAUGUGGGUCCAGCCACGGUUAUCCUCCUCUCUGUGUGCGGUGUGGCAGCAGUUCUCCUCCUCUGUCUGUGUGUGUGUCUCUGCAAGUGCUUCAUCUGCACUGAAGAUUGAUUUGGAGCCCAUGCGUCACCACUGCUUUGAUGAAGGUCCAGCAGAGCUCCGGGCCUGACCUAGCUGCUCAGCACCGUGCCCUCGAUGGAAGGGAACAGAGCUUUCACAGAGCGCAGCCAGCAACACUGCUGGUUCUGCUUCCAUGAGCUGAGAAGAUACUGCUAGUAAGAAGAACUAAAAACCACUUUAUUUAAUGCUAGAUUUUACACUCACAGUUGAAAGGUUGCUUUGAUGAUUGAGGAAAUCCUUAUGAUGAGAAUAGAGGGUUUUAUCAGUAUACCUUGUGCCAUCAUGGAGGUGCAGUGGUUGGGGUCAAUACACUCCAAACUUUAGAAGAUUAUUGCAGUGGGUGUAUGAUAAGUUCUAUAUUUUUUUUAAUUUAGGUUGUAGCAUGAGUUUGCUCACUUAGAUUGAAGUGUUUUGACUUCGUUGGGGAGAUUAUUAUAAUUAUCAUCACUAUUUUAUUAUCAUUAUAAAGAAAAUCUGCUUCAUUUUAAAAAAUCAACUAAUAUCUUGUAGAUGGAACUAAAUUAACUGUUGGGUCUUUGCCUUGUUUUUCCCUAUUUCUGCUGCUGCAGAUCUUUUACUUUAUAGAGGUUUGGAAAAACUCAGCACUGUCAGUUAAAAGCAAGUAAUUCAUAUAUUUUUUCAGAACACCUUGGGCUAUUUAAAGGUCUUUUUUUAAUUAUGAAGCAGGUCUACUGUAAAAGUAUCAAAGCGCUCAGUCCACAGAGAAAUGCACACAGCCUGUAUUUAGAAACUGAGCCCUAAAACGAGCUGUGAGGACUUCCUGAACUUUGUGAUGUCACAACAAAACAAUCACAGCUUUCAGCCACACCCAAAGCCCCCCCUCCGGACCCACCAUCCAAUCUUACGGGAUUUGGUUUUUUGGUUUAUUAGUUCGUUUAUUCAAUCACUCUUCUGAUUGGCUCACCGACCUGUUGUUACUCGAGCUCCAGAGAGAAGUCUGAGAGAGGAGAUGUAAAACUAUAUCUUCUUAUGAAUCAACACUUGUAAAAUAUGGGACCUUUAAAUAUGUGUGCCACAGUGAUGUCCCAAAAGUUAUGAACAGUGAUUGUAAGUUUAAAAAAAAAUCAAUAAAUCAUAAAAAAAAAAAAAAAAAA